GAGGGCUGCGGCCACUCGGUCCGCGUCCAGCGAGCCGCGAGGACCAUGGAGCCGGUGUCGCUGCAGGACUUCGUUUGCGCCCUGGACCCCGCCUCCCUCCCGCGUGUGCUGCGGGUCUGCUCGGGGGUCUACUUCCAGGGCUCCAUCUACGAGAUCUCUGGGAAUGAGUGCUGCCUCUCCACAGGGGACCUGAUCAAGGUCACCCACAUUCGCCUGCAGAAGGUGGUCUGUGAGAAUCCAGGGACCGGCCAGACCAUGGAGCUCGCCCCCAACUUCCAGGGUGCUUUCAGCCCCCUCUCCAGCUCCCAGAGCUAUGCAACCCUGAAGGAACUGGUCUCUGCUGUGACCCGGAGCGCCAAGAAGCUGCCCAUUUGCUUCAUGUCAACCCACAGAAUCACCACAGAGGCCAGGGUGGUGCCUGAGGACCAGCCCCUCAUGCUUGAGGCUGUGGAAACACACCUUGGGACCCACCGUGCCCGCUGCGUGCUGCACACAGGAGCUCAGAGGGUCAUUCUGUGCCUGCCCCUGUCUCAGAAGGGGCCCUUCCAGGAAUGGGAGCCUGGAGCCCCUCGGACCCUGCUCUGUGCCCUGCAGGACCCAGCCCUGAGGGGCCUCCUCUUCACCUGCCCCACCCUCCCUUGGCGCCCCCUGAUCCUGCGGCCCCAGUAUGAAGUUCAAGCCAUCAUGCACAUGCGUAGGACCAUCGUCAAGAUCCCCUCCACCCUAGAGGUCGACGUAGAGGAUGUCACCACCUCUUCUCAACAUGUCCACUUCAUCCAGCCCCUGCUGCUGAGUGAGGCCCUGGCCCGGGGAGGCCCCUUUCCCCUGCCCACGGAGAUCCUGGAAGUCCCAGAGGGGCCCCCCAUUUUUCUCAGCCCAUGGGCUGGCUCCCUGCGGAAGGGCCAGAGGCUCUGCAUCUAUGGCCCAGCCUCUCCCCCCUGGCGGGUGCUGGUCUCAACCAAGGGCCGGAAGGUGCCCAGACACUUCUUAGUCUCGGGGGCUUACCAGGGCAAGCUGCGGCGGCGGCCCAGAGAGUUCCCCACAGCCUAUGACCUCCUGGGUGCUCUCCGGCCAGGCCAGCCGCUCCGGGUGGUGGCCACGAAGGACUGUGAGGGUGAGGGCGUGGGGAACUCUGGGUUCACUUCCCUCGCUGUGGGCGACAGAUUGGAGGUGCUGAGGUCUGGCCAGGCCCAUGGGGCCCAGGGCAGGGACAUAGACGUUUUGGUGUGUCAGCGGCUGAGUGACCAGGCUGGGGAGGAAGAGCAGGAGUGUGAAGAGGAGGCGGAGGACCAAGAACAGAUUCUGCUGCCUCUUUACAUCUCCGGUGGCUUUGUGGAGGAGAUGAGUGAUGGCCGGCGCUACAGCCUGGUGGAUCUGACUACCCAGUUCUCAUUGCCCUGUGAGGUCAAGGUGGUGGCCAAGGACACCAGCCACCCUGCUGACCCUCUGUCCUCUUUCCCGGGCCUGCGGCUAGAGGAGAAGAUCACAGAACCCUUCUUGGUGGUCGGCCUGGACUCUGAGCCUGGGGUGUGCUUUGAGAUCCCUCCCCGGUGGCUGGACCUGACUGUUGUGGAGGCUAAGGGGCAGCGAGGCCACCCAGCUGGAUCCGUCCCUGUAGCCACAGUGGAGCUGACGGAUGCCUUCUACUAUCGCCUACGGAAGUUACCAGCCUUUGAGAGCCAAGCGCCCCCACCCAGGCCCCCGAAAAGUCCAGGCCUCAGGGGGCAGAACAAAGCAAGCAUUAAGGAGAGAGGUGUCAAGCUUUCUCAAGUCUUAGAACUGGAGCAACCCCCUCUGCUGCUCAGACCAAAGAUGAAGACCCUGCCACAGGCUGCCAGGAACUCACACAUGCACAGGAAGGUUCCUGCCCAGAAGAAAGGCCAAAGGCCCAUUAAGCCCAACACAGAGAAUCUAGAUGAUGAACAUGAUUAUGAAGAAGUACUUGAGCACUUUCAGAGCACCCUCUAGAUGUCGGAGGGACCGUGUUUCCUAACUGCUGCUUCUCAGGGGACCUGACAUACUACACAAGCCUUCAGAAGACCUUGGAUAAGGUCUCACAGAAAUCAGACUGGACAGGAAGUGACUUCGUGGGGACUGAACUGAAAAGGGAUGGACACCGUGCCAGCUUCCCUCAGAUGCUCGGUUCCUGCUAAGGGUUGGCUUGUUUGGGCCCAGCACCUCACACUUCCUCCCUCAGCCUCAGCUGGUAUCCAGAGGAACCGACUGGGUUCUACUCAAUCCUGAGUUCUCAACACCAGCUGUUCCUCUGGCGGGCACAGAAAGGAGUCUAAGAGGCUGCCACCCUUGGUGAUGACAGCAGUGCCUCUGCCUUAGUACGGGCUGAGCAUACUGCACUGAGAGCCUCUUCUUGUGUUUCCUCAUCCCCCUGUGCCCCCAACCCCCACCCCUCUACUCUUCCUCUGCCUCCCCCACCAAGGCCCCAAGCCCAGACCUUUUACAAACCCACCUAAACCCUCGACUCUGAGGUGACAAUGCCGUAUUAAAGAGCAGAAAACAA